AUGGUAAAAAUGCAACAACAGGUUAGAUGGGUUGCUUUUUAAUGGAUCGUUUAGUGAAAAGCAGUUGCUAUCAGGGACUUGUGCGCGCACACGCGCGUUCCCGUUAGCGCGGGGAAAGGCGGUGGAGGGGUGGUUGAGGGAGAGAGAGAGAGACACAGCAUCUUUCCGGAGCAGGGAGCCAGGAGAGGAGCGAAGCUUCACAGCAGAGCUUUGAGUGCGAUCGACGCGGGUUCCCGAUUCACACGCCGAUGGAGCCGCAAAAUGAGGCGAUGAUGGAUCUAUAGCCGGCAGCGAUCUGAUAUUUGCCUGAAGAGCCUCGGACAGCGAUAACCCGACAAGACGGGAAAAGGGAAAGAUAAAGAGCUGGGGGAGACCGAUCGGACGAAAUAAAAUCCGCAACCGACGCGCUAUUUUUGUGAAUUAAUUGAACUGAAAAGCGGAGGACGGUUCCGUGAAAGCCCCGUUACAUGUAUUGACUUUAUUUUUAAUGCGCCGUACACACUUUCAUCUGCCGUCAUUUUAUUUCUCUCCUUGCUCCUGCAGCCUGUUGUAAAAUGUGGUGAGAUCACGGUCUUACGGCCGGGAUAGAGAGAGACGGGUGUUGUCGGAAAAAAAGGGGGGAAGGAAAGAGGUCCUAGUGAAUAAGCUCUUUAAAAAAGGGUCGCGGGAAGAACAUGAUUUGAUGUGAAUGCAUAAGACGCGUUUGCACAGAGUACUGCUCUUUGCGACGGAAGGGGAUGGUGUAGAAACGAGCGCGGUCCUGAAAAGCGGCGAAAGCAAAGGAUAUCUUUGAAAAAUCUCAAGCCUUGGUGGAAACCAGUGACUUUACGGGUCAGGGGCGGACGGAGAUCGCGGCCCAAUGUGGACAGUGCAGGGGCAUGGAGCGUAACAGAGCGCCUGGCUGUCAGCGCUGAGGAGGACGACACGCACCUGCGACCUAUUUUGGCCUGACUUCCCCCUGUCCCCCCCCCCCACCUGCCCUUCCCCCCUCCGUUCCCCCUCUGUCCCUCGCCUUCUUCACUCCAUUUUGGCAGCUCCCCUCCUUUCACAAGCUUGCUGUUUUUCGGGAUCCAUUUUUCUUUUUCUUGAGGUACCAUCCGACUGCUCUCGCUGAAAGGAGGAACCGGACGGAGGGGAGCAGUAGAAAUGCCUCUUCUACUUCCAUCAGAGUGCAGGAGAGCCACAGGGGGCACCUGGAGCCGCCGGUGCCAGCGUUCGAACCCCUGCCUGCUCUGGGUGCUGGGCCUGGCACUCCGGCUGGCCCUUGUCACAGCCCAGAAGGUGGACGCCCUUGGGAAGUACCCCAUGGUGACCACCAAUUACGGGAAACUGCGAGGUAUCAAGAAGGACCUUAACAAUGAGAUUUUGGGCCCGGUGGAACAGUACCUGGGGGUGCCGUACGCCACGCCCCCCAUCGGUGAUCGCCGUUUCCAGCCGCCUGAGGCGCCGGGCUCCUGGCAGGAUGUUCGCAACGCCACCCAGUUCGCCCCCGUCUGUCCACAGAACAUCCAUGGCGUGUUGCCGGAGAUCAUGCUUCCCGUCUGGUUCACUGACAACCUGGACAUCGUGGCCGGGUACAUCCAGAACCAGAGCGAGGACUGUCUCUACCUGAAUAUCUACGUGCCCACAGAGGACGGUCCGCUCACAAAAAAACACGAUGAGUCUUCGAUGAACAGGCCCAGGGAUGAAGACAUCCGAGACCGCAGGAAGAAGGCCGUCAUGCUGUUCAUCCACGGUGGAUCCUACAUGGAAGGCACCGGCAACAUGUUCGAUGCCAGCGUCCUGGCCGCCUACGGCAACGUCAUCGUGGUCACCAUGAACUACCGGCUGGGUGUGCUAGGCUUCCUGAGCACAGGGGACCAGUCAGCAAAGGGUAACUACGGCCUCCUGGACCAAAUCCAGGCUCUGCGCUGGCUGAAUGAGAACAUCGGGCACUUUGGGGGUGACCCAGAGAGGAUCACCAUCUUCGGCUCCGGGGCGGGGGCAUCCUGCGUCAACCUGCUCAUCCUGUCCCACCAUUCUGAGGGACUGUUUCAGCGGGCCAUCGCCCAGAGUGGCUCUGCCAUCUCCAGUUGGUCGGUCAACUACCAGCCCCUGAAGUACACCAAGAUCCUGGCACGCAAGGUGGGCUGCAGCUUUGGAGAGACCACCAACAUGGUUGAGUGCCUGCGCCGCAAGAACUUCCGCGAGCUGGUGGACCAGGACAUACAGCCGGCCCGCUAUCACAUCGCAUUUGGGCCUGUAGUGGAUGGCGAUGUGGUGCCUGAUGACCCGGAGAUCCUCAUGCAGCAGGGGGAGUUCCUGAACUAUGACAUCCUAAUCGGGGUGAACCAGGGAGAGGGGCUUAAGUUUGUGGACGAUGGGGGCUCUGAGGGUGAGGAGGGUAUUUCUGCUGCUGCCUUCGAUUACACCAUCUCCAAUUUUGUGGACAACCUGUACGGAUAUCCAGAAGGUAAGGACAUCUUGAGGGAGACCAUCAAGUUCAUGUACACGGACUGGGCAGAUCGCGACAACGGCGAGAUGCGGCGCAAGACUCUGCUGGCGCUCUUUACCGACCACCAGUGGGUGGCGCCGGCGGUGGCCACGGCCAAGCUGCAUGCCGAGUUUCAGUCUCCCGUCUACUUUUACACUUUCUACCACCAUUGCCAGACAGAGACGCGGCCCGAGUGGGCAGACGCAGCUCAUGGGGAUGAGAUCCCCUACGUCUUUGGCGUCCCCAUGGUGGGUGCCACUGACCUCUUCCCCUGCAACUUUUCCAAGAACGACAUCAUGCUCAGCGCCGUGGUCAUGACCUACUGGACCAACUUUGCCAAGACAGGGGAUCCCAACCUGCCAGUGCCCCAGGACACCAAGUUCAUUCACACCAAGCCCAACCGCUUUGAGGAGGUCAUCUGGACCAAGUUUAACUCCAAGGACAAGCAGUACCUGCACAUCGGGCUAAAGCCACGGGUUCGGGAUAAUUACCGGGCCAACAAGGGCUUCUGGUUGGAGCUUGUGCCUCACCUGCACAGUCUCCAUGACAGCUACAUCAACCCCUCCACCACUCGCCAGCCGCCGGGCACCCCCCCGGGGUGGGGGGGCAAAGGCUUGGGACCACGUACCACCCGGCACCCCAUCCCCACCUUUCCACCAGACCCUGACCCUGAGGGCUCGGAGAGGCCUCGCUACUCGCCUUUCCCCGGCGACACGCGGGACUACUCCACGGAGCUGAGCGUGACGGUGGCCGUUGGCGCCUCCCUCCUCUUCCUCAAUAUCCUGGCCUUCGCUGCACUCUACUACAAGCGGGACAAGCGGCACGAGAUGCGCAGGCGGCUCUCUCCACAACACGGGCCCGCCAAUGACCUGGCACACAGCCAGGAGGAGGAGAUCAUGUCCAUGCAGAUGAAGCACUCGGAGCAUGACGCCCACCAUGACAUGGAGCCGUACGACCCCACCGAGAUCCUGCGGCCGGCCUGCCCGCCCGACUACACCCUGACGCUGCGCCGCGCCCCGGACGAUAUGGCGCUAAUGACGCCCAACACCAUCACCAUGAUCUCCAGCACUGUCGCCGCCAUGCAGCCUCUUCACGCCUUUAACACUUACCCCGCCCCCGUGGGGCACAACAACAUGCCCCACCCUCACCUUACUACCGCGUAUAGUGGAGUCUCACAGAGGACGACUCCCUCAGAGAGUCCGGGCGCCGCCGCCUGCUGCAAACAUCUCCCCCUGCUGGUGCUCUGUGGAGACACGCAACAGAACUGCUGA